AUGGCCUUCGGCAAGAAGAAACGCCUGACUCCGCAGGAGCUUGCCCGGCUCUGCAGCUUCGCGCACCCCAUGGGCCUUCGCUGCCCCUAUGCCAGAGUCACCUUGACCAGGGACGGCGCGCGCUUUGCCUCGCCCUUUUGCAAGAUCCACUGCUGCAAAAAGAUUGAUAACGGCGCUGCUUGCACGAAUGUGAAGACCAAUAGCCGUGGAUAUUGCACCCAGCACCUCCUCUGCACCGGCAUAAUGAACGGCCAACGCUGCACCAACUACGUCAAAUCCUACGACCCAAAGGAAUACCAAUUCUGCGCCCAAUUUCGUACGCACCCUUUUCCCGCCCUCCUCCAGUAUCCCUCUAACAUGUCCGUCCAGACAACUGCCUCCAGCAAGGCUGCAAAAACGAACGCACCCACCAAGGCGACGUUGACCUCCGCUACUGCCAAGACCACCGCUGCGUCCGGCCGGAUUGCACAUCCCCCCGCGCCCCCGGCGGCAGCACCCACUGCGCCUCGCACACCUGCGCCGCGCCGGCCUGCUUCGCCGCCUGCCCGGGCGCCUCCGGCGACCCGCACGACCCCUCGCGCUUCUGCGACCGUCAUCGCAUGUGCCACACCGCCGGCUGCCGGCAGUUCGCCCACGUCCGCGCCGACGGCGUGCCCUCCAAGCACUGCGGCGCGCACUACUGCCGCUGGGAGGCCGAGGGCGGCUGCGACGGGGCGCGGGACCCGAUGA